AUGGCCUUGUCGUGCCUUGUCCCUCCCGCUGCCCCCUGGGUGGCUCAGCGUUUGCUGGGCCAGAAGGCCCACCGCCAACUCCUCAUCCCACCCGCCAACUCCUCCACCCCCCCGCGGCCUUGGGAGCCCGAGGCGGAGACCCGGCUCCGUACCCCGCCGCAGCCUAGGCCACGGCCCCCGCCCCGGCCCCGGCCCCGGCGCGGCCCUGGGGGCGGAUGCCUGGAUGUGGAUUUCGCUGUGGGUCCACCAGGCUGUUCCCACGUGAACAGCUUUAAGGUGGGAGAGAACUGGAGGCAGGAACUGCGGGUGAUCUACCAGUGCUUCGUGUGGUGUGGAACCCCAGAGACCAGGAAAAGCAAGGCAAAGUCGUGUAUCUGCCAUGUGUGUGGCACCCAUUUGAACAGACUUCACUCUUGCCUUUCCUGUGUCUUCUUUGGCUGCUUCACAGAGAAACACAUUCAUGAGCACGCCGAGACAAAACAACACAACUUAGCCGUAGACCUUUAUUAUGGAGGUAUAUACUGCUUUAUGUGUAAGGACUAUGUAUAUGACAAAGACAUUGAGCAAAUUGCCAAAGAAGAGCAAGGAGAAGCUUUGAAAUUACAAGCCUCCGCCUCAACCGAGGUUUCUCACCAGCAGUGUUCAGUGCCGGGACUCGGUGAGAAAUACCCAACCUGGGAGACGACCAAACCCGAGUUAGAACUGCUGGGGCACAACCCACGGAGAAGAAGAAUCACUUCGAGCUUCACCAUCGGCUUAAGAGGACUGAUCAAUCUUGGCAACACGUGCUUUAUGAACUGCAUCGUCCAGGCCCUUACCCAUACUCCGAUCCUGAGAGAUUUCUUCCUCUCCGACAGGCACAGAUGUGAAAUGCCAAGCCCUGAGUUGUGUCUGGUCUGUGAGAUGUCUUCACUUUUUCGGGAGUUGUAUUCUGGAAACCCAUCUCCUCACGUUCCUUAUAAGUUACUGCACCUGGUAUGGAUACAUGCCCGGCACUUAGCCGGAUACAGGCAACAGGAUGCCCACGAGUUCCUCAUCGCAGCACUAGAUGUCCUGCACAGGCACUGCAAAGGUGAUGAUGCUGGGAAGGCCGCCAACAAUCCCAACCACUGUAACUGCAUCAUAGACCAAAUCUUCACAGGUGGCCUGCAGUCUGAUGUCACCUGUCAAGCCUGCCAUGGCGUCUCCACCACCAUAGACCCAUGCUGGGACAUCAGUUUGGACUUGCCUGGCUCUUGCACUUCCUUCUGGCCCAUGAGCCCAGGGAGGGAGAGCAGUGUGAAUGGGGAAAGCCACAUACCAGGAAUCACCACCCUCACGGACUGCUUGCGAAGGUUUACGAGGCCAGAGCACUUGGGAAGCAGUGCCAAAAUCAAAUGCGGUAGUUGCCAAAGCUACCAGGAAUCUACCAAACAGCUCACAAUGAAUAAAUUACCUGUUGUUGCCUGUUUUCAUUUCAAACGGUUCGAACACUCGGCCAAACAGAGGCGCAAGAUCACUACAUACAUAUCCUUUCCUCUGGAGCUGGAUAUGACACCAUUUAUGGCCUCGAGUAAAGAGAGCAGGAUGAAUGGACAGUUGCAGCUGCCAACCAAUAGUGGAAACGAUGAGAAUAAGUAUUCCUUGUUUGCUGUGGUUAAUCACCAAGGAACCUUGGAGAGUGGCCACUACACCAGCUUCAUCCGGCACCACAAGGACCAGUGGUUCAAGUGUGAUGAUGCCGUCAUCACCAAGGCCAGUAUUAAGGACGUUCUGGACAGUGAAGGGUAUUUACUGUUCUAUCACAAACAGGUCCUGGAACAUGAGUCAGAAAAAGUGAAAGAAAUGAAUACACAAGCCUACUGAAGCGACACACAGACCUACCUGUAAUGGAAGAUGGCGACACCCAUACGACGACUGGCAUCGAAAUUUAAAGGACCUACUUGCGUGGCCUACGGGCCUGACAGAGUAAGAAUUGAACAGUACCCAGUGUCUAAAAGGUCCUGGUUGGAAGAGAAAUAGACGGGGCGGGAGAAGAGGCUCUAGUCUAAGCAGUCACUUGAAGGAAAAUUCAAUGGCAGGAAUGCUCUAGGCGGGGAAGGCAGGAGCAGGGAAAUCCUGACACUGGUACAUAUCCUAUAUUCCUCCAAAAGAUUGUGUGGGAAAGUGUGGGGUGGGAGGGGGGUGGAGUGGGGGGGGGUGUGUGCCCUUGUAACCGUAAACAUCUUUCUCCAUGGGUGUUUCAGCUUCAACUGACCAAUCACAUAACAGUUAUAUGUUUGGGGGGGAAAGAAAAGUCUAUACAAAUGUAGCCCAUUACUUACAUGGGUAUGAAAGUGGAAAAGUGGAGGAGGCAAGGAUAUCUCAUUGACAAACACCUUUGCCAGUUUCUUUGUAUUCGUGAUUUUUGUGCUAUUAAAUGCAGUAUUAAAAAAAAAAAAGCCCGCGGGGCUAGUGAAAGAAGAAAGAAGGGGGCUUGUAUAAGGGGAGCACUUGCUCCAAAAGUAGAGAAGACAAAAAAAUACUGUAAGAUAAGCGACCAACACAGAUGGGCCUCAGCUAUGAGUAUAGUGUGUGAGUGUUUAAAAAAAAAAGCUGUAUGAUAUACUUGAGCAAAUCAAUGAACCUCUUUGCGAUUGUUUUCUCAUCUGUACAAUGCAGAUAAUUCCUACCUUAAAGGGUUAUUGUUAAAGAUUAAAUGAUAUAAAAUGUGUCAAAGUAUAAAGUAAAAGGCUUGGAACUUUGUAGGGGCUCAGUAAA